AUCAGCUAAUACUGCAAAUGUUAGGCUGAAAAUGGACGACGAAUAUUCAGUUGUUAAUAUUGACAGCCUUCUCUUUCAGUUCGCCCUUCAAACUCGGGAGCUUCUCCAAAAGAAAAAUGAAAUCAACCAGCAAAUUACAGUUUGCAGAGCUGACAUUGCUGAGAGGAGAUCUUACAUUGAAACAAUCCAGGAAAAUAUCAAGAAACUUGAGGAAGAAAUCAAGGGGAAGCUGAACACAGUGAGACAUAAUAAAGAAUAUGCUAAAAGCAUGAAGGCAGGUAACAGUCUGCUACUUCAGUAUGAGCAGACCCUGAAAGCAGAACUGGAGAGCAGAAAAAACAGCUACAAGAAUGACAUGGACGUCUAUGGAGAGAGAAUCGCUAUCUACAGGAAGACAUUCCAGUCACAUAAGGAAUAUUAUUGUCAAAAUCCUCUUGCUCAAAAGCUCCUCACGCUGCAGGCUCAAAAGGAGGAGAUUGAGAGCAGGAUCAAGGCUUGUGAUGAUCAAAUAACAAUCAAACAGAAGGAGCUGGAAUAUCUCACUGGUCUAAAAAUUGAUUCGUCUUCCACUGAGAAACAACUAGACAGUGUUCCUGUCCAGCAGCCCAUAGCAGGACCAGAAAAACAACUAGACCCUCAGACAGAGGAGGAAACUAAUUUUUCCAUUGACAUCUCUUCUCUUCAUCUCAACCAGACAGAGGUCUCACAGAAUGAUGAUAACACUGUAGAGGCAAAUGCUGAAGAAAUUCAUGAGGAAAACAAAGUGCAGUAUGCUACCAUCUGCAGCCCUUCAGAGGAAGAAAACAAUGAGCAGUGGCCAUGUGAUCAAUUGGAUGAGCAAACACGACCAGAAGAGAUGCACACAGAGAAGCAGGAAACUGGACAAGAGGACCAAGUCUUGCAAUCCACAGUCUCCGGUGAGGAGGAGGCAGCGGAGGACGAGGUGGAGGAAAGUGUCACUGUAGAUGAAGGACAGGCACAGAGCGAAGGAGACAGCGAGGGACUUGUUGCUUUUCCUCAGUCAUCAUCUCAAGAACCAAAUUCGGAGUCCUCCCUGGCAAAAAUGACAGCUGUUCCUUCUACCCCGACAUUCCCGUUUACCUUUAGCCCUGCCAACUCCCCACAUCAAGGCCCCUCUGAUACCAAAUCUCCAGCUUUUCUGUUCUCUCUGAACUCUGAUCCCAGCACGCCGGGCUUCUCUGGGUUCGGAUUUGACGUGGGCUCGUCACAGUAUGAGGAAUCAUCUUUCGCUUUCACCAGCUCUUUCUUCAACGAGAAGAAAAACACAGAAUCAAAGUCUUCAACCUCAGGUCCUGAGUUCCUGUUUGGCCAACCAGAGCAAAGUGAAGACUUCCAGUUUGCCUUUUCCUCCGAGAGCCCUCAGACAACCAACAAAGACAACACGAGGGAGGAUUUCCCAUUUUCAUUUAACUUUUAA